ACUCCAAUGCACAAGGUGGCGGCAAUGCACCAAGAAAACCACCAGAAAGCACCAGACUAAGAAGAAGGAAAACAAAGACGAUGAAAAUGGAUGCUGUUUCUCAGCGUGUUAUGAAAUAUUUGACAGAAGUUGAGGAGGGAGCGGAGGAUAUUCUCACCGCUAAACAACAAAUUGUGGACCUGGACACAAGGAGAAACAGGAACAGAGAGGCAUUGAAUGCACUGAAAACUGGAAUGUCAGAUUCAGAAAAAGUCAAGGUUUGCUUUGGAAACAUGUUCAUCAAAUUUCCCAAAUCAAUGACAAGACAGAUGAUUCAGAGAGACCAGGAACAGCUGGAAAAGGAGAUAAACAACAUUCGCGAAGGACUGAAAGCAAAAGUCAGUUGUCUCAAUGAGAUGCAAGGUCAACCUGAGCUGAGAGGCUACAACCUGUCUCCAUUAUCCAGUGAUGAAAUCAAAGCCAUGAACAUUCUUUUAAAGAGAUGACAUCAGAUCUUCAUAGUUCUGAAGACAAAGGACAAAGAUCACAUGUUAAGUUGCUUGAGAACUCCACCUGCAGCUUCAGUACUGUAAUGUGCUAUCCUCUGGAUGAUCUGAUAACACAGAAUCCAGAAAAGAGCCACAAUAUAACAAUAUAUUGACAUCUUUGUAAACAUGACAUUCAGAUAUUUUUACUUAUUCAAACAUCAGUCUGCUUUAAAGCCGCAUCUAAACAGAGCGUAAGCACAGCUACUUGGAACACAAAGCAAUGACAAUGUCAUUUUGGAGUCUUGCCAGCUGCCUUUAACCUUAUAGUUCUUUUGUUAUUGACUGUUAAAACCAUAUCUGGCGCAGUAGCUUUUGCACUGUGUAGUCAUUGACCUCACUUUGACUGCUGGUGUCCUAGCAAGCUUACUGCUAGUCAGGUCCACAUCAAGUGUUGUUCCAAAUCAUAAACAUUUCAAAUAAUAUAACUGAAAAGCAAAUUUGGUAAAAAUGGUCAAAGUUGAACAGAAACUAUAGUUUAUUACAACUUAGUUUUUAUUUUUGUACCUGGUCAUCCAUUCUAAAAUCAGUUAGAAUGAUAUUUUCUCACUGAAGUAAUUGGUGAGAUCUCAGAACAUGCCAACAUUGCAAAGUGUGAUGGUGUUUGGGUUAUUUUACUUUUCCUCUGAUUUUUGUCUUCCAAGUACAACCUGGGCAUUUUGCUUAUAUCUGACUGCUUAUUUUUCUUGUACCAUAGGGCCUUUUUUCCCAGAUCUCAGCAAUUACCUUGAGUACAAUGUUGUAAACAAUAGAACUAAGAACUGAAACUAUAAAGUCAGUUGUUACAACUCAUAA